GCUGCUGACAACGCGAUUCUGUUUUUCUCAGCGGAAGCCCUGGUGCAGGAAGGGAAAACGCGCCCCUGGUUUGAAAAUUAUCUUGUAAAUUGCAGUGGGGUCAUGCCGGCCGAAAACAAUAGGAGGAUCCAUUCGUCAUCGAUUGACAGAAAUGAGAUUAGUGCAGAAAAUGGCCAAUCUGCGGAUCUCGUUCAAAACGAUAUAUUUACUCCAGAAGAAGCAAUAAACUUCGUCGGAAUAGGCCAUUUUCAGGUGAAGCUGACACUUUUGUCUGGAUUCGUUUGGAUGGCCCGGGGUUUCGAAGCAGUUGUGAUAAAAUAUGUAGGAAAUUUGGUCGCCUGCAGUUGGAAUAUCGCACGGUGGCACAAUGCUCUCAUCACCACAGUCACAUGUUUAUCCUCGAUGCUGGGCUGUUUUCUAUAUGGAAUCUGGUCAGAUAAAUAUGGCCGAAGAACGGCGUUGUCAUCUUCGCUAAUCUUCCUUGUCGUCUUUGGCGCUGUGUCCUCAGGACUUCCCAGUUACACUUGGUACAUCGUUUUUCGAGCCGUCGGAGCAUUUGCCAUUGGAGGCCUCCCACAAGCGUUGACUCUUUGCUGUGAAUACGUUCCCGGCAGGCAGAGGGGGCGUGCCAUAUUCAUCCUGUCUUUCUUCUGGGCUCUGGGUGUCGUCAUACUUCUGUCCUUCCUCUACUUCACGCUGGAGACCUCUGAAAAUUGGAGACUCUUCCUCGCAUUCGCUUCUUUGCCCGCUGCUAUCGCCAUGGUCAUGAUGAGGUGGUUCCCAGAGAGUUUCCGUUACCUGUUGGUAAGCGAACAGUAUGUUGCAGCUGGGCACACCCUGGCGGAAAUGGCUUUAACAAACAGAAAGGACCUUCCUAGAGGAUCCCUAAAUCCCUUAGUCGACAGGAAAAGGAGAGGUCGACCAGGUCUUCUCUUCACCGAAGGCCAACUGAAGAGCACUCUUCUUUUUAUGUACAUGGGGGUUGCUACAGGAGUUGCGUACUACGGCUUAGACAUGAUGACGCCGCAUCUAACUCGUUACGGAACUCAAAAUAUUACAGACAUGAAUUACACAACCGACAACUUUCUCAGCGACAAAUUUCUUCCCAUAUCCUGCCUGAAAGGAAUGGAAACAACAGAAUUUAUCGAAAUCUUGUGGACGAAUGCACUGGAUUUCCCAGGUUUUCUCAUCUUUUUCAUCUUGGUGGAUGUCAUCGACAGGAAAAUAUUGCUGUCCGCAUCUUGCCUGCUCUGUUCACUCUUCACGUUUCUGUUGCUUCUUCCAACGAGCGACCCCAUUAUGCCCAUUGCCUUCUUCUUCUGUGCCAGGACGCUUCUCAUCAGCCAGUUCGACAUGCUCCUACUUAUGACGGCAGAAGCAUUUCCAACUACUCAGAGAGGACUAUCUGUUGGUUUGGAGACAGCUACAUAUUAUCUAGGGCAGCUGAUUAGUUCAUAUGCAGUUCAGGGUUUAUUAAUCAACAAUUUCAUCUUGCCAGUGAGUUUCAUAGGAAUUCUUAUGUUCUUCAGUGCAGUGUCAUCAGCUUGCCUUACGUGGGAAACCAGAGGCCUCGAACUCCAGGAUGUACUGAAAUUCAAAUAAAAGGAAAUUUGCUGGCAAAUGCAACUAUAAAAGAACGUAAACAGUUGGACGAAGACGCAUUAAAUGCUAACACUUGUGGAAGGAUGAUGAUACUUGAAAAUUGAUACACGGAAAGAAAUGUUUUAUUUUAUUGCAGCAACAAGAUAUUGAUUUUCACGGUCGAUGUUUGUACAUUAUAUAUUAAAUAAAAGAACUGUUGAAGUUACCA